GUCUUCAGAAUGGAUGGAUUUUAUGACCAGCAAGUGCCUUACAUGGUCACCAAUAAUCCCUGUGGGAGAAACUGUAAUGAGCGACCAGCAAACGUCAGGAAAAGAAAAUUCAUUAACAGGGAUCUGGCUCAUGACUCAGAAGAACUCUUUCAAGAUCUGAGCCAAUUACAGGAGACGUGGCUUGCAGAAGCUCAGGUACCUGACAACGAUGAGCAGUUUGUGCCAGACUACCAGGCUGAAAGUUUGGCUUUUCAUGGUCUCCCAGUGAAAAUCAAGAAGGAACCCCACAGUCCGUGUUCUGAGCUGGGCUCUGCUUGCAGUCAAGAACAGCCAUUCAAGUUCAGUUAUGGGGAAAAGUGCCUGUACAAUGUCAGUGCCUAUGAUCAGAAGCCACAAGUGGGAAUGAGGCCCUCCAACCCUCCAACUCCAUCAAGCACUCCAGUUUCACCACUGCAUCAUGCUUCCCCAAACUCGGCUCAGAAUCCUAAACCUGACCGGGUUUUCCCUGCUCAUCUGCCUUCAGCCCAGCCCAUGCCAGAUAACAGCUUCUCUAUGGACCACAGAUUUCGCCGUCAGCUUUCGGAACCUUGCAAUUCAUUCCCUCCUUUGCCUACAAUGCCAAGGGAAGGACGGCCAAUGUACCAACGGCAGAUGUCCGAGCCAAACAUCCCUUUUCCACCACAAGGGUUUAAGCAGGAGUACCAUGAUCCAGUAUAUGAACAUAAUGCUAUGAUUGGUUCAGCCAAUCAAAACUUCCCCCCUCCUCUGAUGAUUAAACAGGAACCUAGAGAUUUUGCAUAUGAUUCAGAAGUGCCUAGCUGCCAUUCCAUUUACAUGAGGCAAGAAGGCUUCCUGACUCACCAAAACAGGACAGAAGGCUGUAUGUAUGAAAAGGGACCAAGGCAAUUUUAUGAUGAUACCUGCGUUGUUCCGGAGAAGUUUGACGGAGAUAUUAAGCAGGAGCCAGGAAUGUUCCGUGAGGGCCCAACGUAUCAGCGGCGGGGCUCCCUCCAGCUGUGGCAGUUUUUAGUAGCUCUUCUUGAUGAUCCAUCAAACUCUCACUUCAUUGCCUGGACUGGCCGAGGCAUGGAAUUCAAGCUUAUUGAACCAGAAGAGGUGGCACGUCGCUGGGGAAUUCAGAAAAACAGGCCGGCUAUGAACUAUGAUAAACUUAGCCGUUCACUUCGCUAUUACUAUGAGAAGGGCAUCAUGCAAAAGGUCGCCGGAGAGAGAUACGUGUACAAGUUUGUUUGUGACCCAGAAGCCCUCUUCUCCAUGGCCUUUCCAGAUAACCAGCGCCCCUUGCUGAAGACUGACAUGGAGCGCCAUAUCAACGAAGAGGACACGGUGCCUCUGUCCCAUUUUGAUGAGAGCUUGGUCUACAUGCAAGAGGGGGGCUGCUGUAAUACCCACCCUUAUAACGAAGGCUAUGUGUAUUAACUGCAGUGACACUGAAAACACUCCUGGCCCCCUUCUCCUGCGCUUUUCCUCUUUCAUGAGACCGAGAGGAAAGCU